UCAUGAGUUGACUUCCCAUGGAAGACAUUUGUUCAUCAAACCGUUCACACAGAUAUUUGCGGACUUAGGAGUCGAACUGGUGAAGCUAAAACUCAACAGACGCGUUCAGCACCUCUGGAAGUAACUGUUUUCCAGAAGCGAGGACUCGCUCCUGCGCCGAACCUCCCGUAUUUUCGCUAUUUGUGUCCUCACUUCCGUUAAACGGGAAACCGUUUACGCUUUGUACUUAUUAGCGGCCGCUAGCUGCAGGCGGCGCAUUAAAGCCAGGCCACGCAAACAGCUGCGGUUUGUGCGCAAUCAACUGUUGCGUCACCGAGGCGCGCGUCCGACGCCGGGACCGGUUCGUGCGUUCGCCUCAGGCUCCCGUCACUGGGUUUGAGUCGGAACCAUGCUGAGCAGCGCCGCGCUGCGGGCCCGGGUCGCCUCCAUAAUCGAUGCCCUGUGCAGAACGGCCGUGGCAGAGAUCGCCAAAGUUGUGGAGGACGGAAUGGUGGCGCUGCGGCUGGAGAUGUGCGAGCAGCAGAGCGAGAUCAACAGGCUGAGGAGCGACGUCGAGCUCCUCCACGCGGAGCUGAGCGCCGCGCAGCGGACGGUGAAGCUGAGCGCGGACGGUGAGACGGUUCUGCCGCGGGUUGAACCCGGUACCGUCCAGCCCUGUGCUCCUCACGGUAGUGAUGUCCGGCGUCUCCUCGUCGAGUCAGAGCACAACAACCUGUCGGGACCUGAGUUCCGGGUUCAGCCCAAACGUGAGGAUGAGAUGAGUGAAGGGUCCGGAGGGCGAGGAGAGCCGGUUCUGCGUGAAGGCGGCACCGGCCAGACUGAGUCCCACUCCCUGGACGCCACCAGGCGCGUUGGGCCGGGCCCGUUCGGCGCCGGGCCGCUCGGUUCCGGUCCGCUCCGUGGCCUUUGCGGCGCGGCGAGGGACAGCACGGGGAAGAGGCUGCAGAAGGACCGCGUGUGUCCGCACUGCGGCAAGUGCUUCGAGCGCGCCGGCCACCUGGAGAGGCACAAACGCAUCCACACGGGCGAGAAACCGCAUCGCUGCGAGACGUGUGGGAGACGCUUCAACCAGAAGAGCAGCCUGAAGGAGCACGCGAAGACCCACAGCAGGUGCAUCGAGCGCAGACCAGUUGAGAUCCCAGUGAAGGAGGAGAAGCAGAAUCUGGGCUUGGACCCGGUCUCGGACGGCGCCGAGGCGUGUGUGCAGGUCAAGGCCGAGCCCGUCGAGGAGGCAAUAACACACAGACUCACGAAGCAGGAAGCGGACGCGCUCACUGUGACGUGUGGGUCGUCUGAGUGGCCGGAUCCCGGAGGCCCGGGUCGGACCGGGCCCGCUCCGCGCCCCCCGGUACCAGCAGAGGCCUCCUGCAGCGCCGCCUCCCAAAGCUCCCGUGGCUCCUCAGACUCGUCUCGGACCCGUCGUGACUCCGGGUCGCGGGCCGACCUCAAACCCAAGAAGAGCUCGGCGUGCCUGUACUGCGGCAAGCGGUUCCAGCGCUCCGGCCACCUGGAGAGACACCUGCGGAUCCACACGGGCGAGAAACCGUACGGCUGCUACAUCUGCGGGAGGUGCUUCAAUCAGAACAGCAGCCUCAAGGGCCACAUGAGGACGCACCAGAAACGUGACGCCACAGACGUCCUGACCGCACGUCCCAUGAUGCUGACGGAUCAUCCGGCGCCGCAGAACCCGUGUGCGGCUCCGGCGCCGGCGCCGUCCGGGCUCCAGCGGCCGGGCUCGUUGUUCAGCGGGGCGGCUGAGACGGUGAAGGUGGAGGCGGCUGUGACGCCUGCUCCUCAGCUGACGGAUCAGCAGAUCCCAGAGCGGGACUGGACUCGGGAGGAGCUCGUGUCCGGGUUCGAUGCGACGGCGUCAGGUAAUGGACAGGACGGCAGAGAGCUGAAGCGCUUCAUAUGCUCACAUUGUAGGCAAAGCUUUGACUCCUUCAGUUUCUUUGAGAUGCACCAGUGUCAAACUGCCACAGAGACGUUGCUCACCUGUGACAUCUGCGACAAGGUCUUUGAUCACCUGAGCAUCUUGAAACUGCAUCUUAAGCUGCACGCCAUUCAAAAUCACUAAGUUGACGUUUACCUUGUUCUCGGUUCGACAGUGAAAUAAAUAUUCUCCUCUAAA